CAUAUUAAAUCAUAUUUCCAUUUUUUUUCUUUCCAUUUUUUCCAAAAUUUUUCUUCCAAUGGAACGAUGACGUUCCUCCCACAAAAUAUUGUUGUGAUACUGAACAGUGAAAGGCCGGGGCAGUUGGCGAUAAAAAACUACAAUCAGCUAAUUAUAUAUACGAUUAUAUAUUACGCACAAAUGACAAGUGAUUAUCAAAGCCCAUUUUUACUUGUGGGAAAUUAAGGUUAGAGUUAUGAUUUCGAGUUUUUACGAGAGAAUUGUCGGUGGAUCACCUCCACCUGAAGCAAAUAAACAAAAAAUUUUGUGCGCUGGUUUGGUGUGCCUCGAUAUUGUUCAAACAGUUCAAAGUUUUCCUGUUGAGGACUCAGACACUAGGUGCUUAGACUACCGGUGGCAACUCGGGGGCAAUUCAGCGAAUAAUUGUACUGUUCUAUCUCUUCUUGGCAGUUCAACUGAAUUUUUUGGAGUACUCGGAGAAGAUUAUCAAUUUCGUUUUCUUCAGGAUGACUUGCGAAAACACGGAAUUGAUUUCUCACAUUGUCCCAAGGCUGACGGAAUAGGGUGUCCCACGUCUACAGUCAUUCUCAGUUCCAACUCUGGGUCACGAACUAUUGUCCAUUAUAAUCCAAAUUUUCCAGAAUUGAAACUGGAGGACUUUGAGAAAUUAAAUUUGGAGGAUUACAGCUGGAUUAAUUUUGAGGGCAGAAAUAUCUCAAGAGUUCUUACAAUGAUGCAGCACGUAGAGACUUACAACGAUUCCCUGAAGGAGGGAGGAUCAGACCGUUCACCAGUGACAAUCAGCGUUGAGUUGGAGAAGACAAGUUCGGAAUUAUUAGACCUUCUUCCUUACGCCGAUGUUGCAUUCGUGUCAAAGGACUUUGCUCGCAGUCGAGGGCAUCACAACAUGAGUGAAGCCAUUCGGAGUAUUGCCCAAGAUAUAAAAUCUGGGGCAACAAUUGUGUGUGCCUGGGGCGACAGGGGAGCCAUGGCAAGAACUCGUGACGGUACGAUUGUUCAAUCUCCAGCUUUUCCCCCUCAAAAAAUUGUCGACACGCUAGGAGCUGGAGACACAUUUGUAGCAGCAACUAUUCACUAUCUAAAUAAGGUAAAACAUCAGAGUGAAAAUAAUUUAAAUAAAUCGGCCACGAGUGAUCAAGGGAAUCAAUCAGAGGGGGAAGUAACUAAAAACAAAAAUAUUGAGAGUCUCCAGUGCAGCAAAACUGCAUUUAUAGAUCAAUCAGCUUUGCAAUCAGCAAUAACUUUUGGCUGUCAGACUGCUGGUAUCAAAAUAGGGUUCAACGGAUACGAGGACUUACGCCGGACAAGUACGAAAAUCUGUGGAUGAAAUCUCUGUUAUGGGUGAAAAUUGAUGUCCUGAUUGAAUUGUUACCUUUAUGUUAUCUAAAUUCAUAUAUUUUUUGAUACAAUAAAUUUUAUAACGUCAUUAAAAACCA